GGACUUGCAGAAGCGGUUCAAAAACGAAUUUCUUCCCCCGGAUUACGAAUACCGUGUCCUAGAGGAAUUGCAUGAGCGUACUCAACAUCCUGAGGAAAGCUUAUCUGAAUUCGUUCGGGCAUUGCAGGAUCUGCACAGCAGAGCGGAUCCCACUGCUACGGAAGAGCAGCGCGUCGCACGGGCUAUCCGUCAGUGCCACCCGCGCUUCCGGCCCUACUUAAGAGCCCAUCGCUUUAAAACCCUUGAGGCGUUGGCCCAGGAGGCUCGUUCAAUACAAGGCGACCUCCUGGCAGAGCUUGAAUAUCGGCCCCCUCCACCCCCGGAGCUAGCGUUGGAACCGCGCUGCGCGUGGUCGGGAGGAGCCGCCUCGGUCGAACGCCUGCAUGCAACAGGUUUGGGUGACAACCCCGUAAUUCAUACAAUGCGGAGUCAUCCCACCGAGCCCUAGAUCCGUUCCUCUAUGACCAGAGGACGAUCCCCGCAGGAACGAGCCUUGACAUACCCGUCCCGCCACGAAGUCGCGGUCAACCUGGCCUUUCAGCUAGCGAAACCCCACGGCAGCGGGAGGGGCAUCACCCUGCGCCCCCGCAGCCACGAGCGCCCAACGGCUGUUGGAAAUGCGGCAGCCCUGACCAUUUUCGUCGGGAAUGCCCGCGACAAAGACCAAACACCCGUAAUGUGCCAUCGGGGAAACGGUCGCAGCCGGCGUCCAUGAAUGCUCGCUCAACGACGUCGGCAAGUUGCGAAAAAAGCGAGCAGACGGUUACUAUCCGUGGCCUUGAUCAGUCAAAAACUAGCUUUGCAAGCGGUAAGAUAACGCAAAGAGAUGCUUUGGCUCCUCUUGCUUUUUCUCUCCGAGAUUACAUCGAGGAUUCAUUACAUCGCCGUUCGAAUUUUUGGUAAAGAUUACAUCGCCCUUAUCGACACGGAAGCUACGCUUUUCCUUAUCGGGGACUGUGUUUACGAACAUUGCGUUUCACGGCAUGUGGAAUUGCAAUCCAGAGAAGUCACUCUACGUCUUGCUUCCAAUGACGCCGUUCCAGCACAAGCUGCAGUUGUGCUCUGGGUACGUUUGGAUGGGAGACGACGAAAGCAGCGCUUCGUGCACCUUCCUGGCCUGGCAGUUCCUGUUAUCCGGGGCAGAGACUUCAUCAUCCGGCAGAAGUUGGUGCUGGACCUGCCCAAUGGAGGAUACGUGUACCACGGCUCGUCGGGAUUUUUCCGCUUCGCCGCAGCACGGGACCACUGCACAGCAAGCUGUGGCAGCGUCCGUUGAAACUUCUGGGCUGCCGUCUGUCUUGGGAUCAUUCCAUGGUCCUGAGGAGCAACGCCGUCAGCUUGAACAAGUACUGCGGCAGCUUGACGGAAUCUUUACCGAAAAACCGGGAACACUUGGAACACCUGUCAAUCGUCCUUACAAGGAUGACCGAAGCGGGCAUAACGAUCAACCCCCGCAAGGUGCAGCUGGCAUCGUCUAGGAUCAGCCUUCUCGGCUUUGUAGUGGACGGAGGGACCAUCCGUCCUAACGACGACAAGCUAAAGGCGAUCACGGAGUUUCCGGUUCCCGGUAACGUCAAAGCCUUGCAGCGCUUCCUAGGAAGUUCGACCUUUACCUGGACAGCAGAACCUUCUCUGUCCAGACUGACCACCAGGCACUUUCUUGGCUGCAGCGGCUCCAUAACCCGUCUGGACGACUUGCCAGGUGGGCCCUGAUGCUACAAGGCUACUCCUUCAACAUGGAGUACAGGCAGGGCUCAACGAACGUGGUAGCAGACGCGCUGUCCCGCGCGCCUCUACCGGAGGGGGAAGAGGAAGGCACCGAGGCGCCUUCUCAACUUCUGGCAGCAGCACAGGUGGCACGAGACGUAUCUUCGUCUUGGGGCACGGUCGUGAGCAGAGAGCAGCUCCUAGACGCUCAGAGAGCGGACGGCCUUUGUCAGCGGGUGUCGCAGUGGAUAGCUGUGCAAGACUCGGCGGACACCGGAACGACUGACGGACGGCACGACUCCUAUCUGCUGGGCGAGGAUGGCGUCCUGUUCAGAUACAUACCCCAGCCGGAUGAGGACGACGGCUCAUCCCCGUUCAGAGUCGUGGUGCCACGAAAGUUGCGACACUGACUUCCCAGAGAGUGUGAGAAAAACUACUCGACACCUUUUACCGGUUCGGGUUUCCCGCACAGCUGAUCACCGACAGCGCAACCUACUUUACAACCAGCACCACCGUGAUUGGGAUCUUCGCCUGGCGGAACUGGCGUUCGCUACACGGAUGACGGUCAACAGAUCUACAGGCUUCACCUCGGCGUUCCUCAACUUGGGACGAGAGGCCCCUUUUCCAGUGGAGAAUGCUCUGGGCCUCCGAGAUGGUGCUACCCGGCCUCCUUAUUCAAGGUUUGCUGAGGACCUCCGGAGUCGACUGGACGAUGCAGCCCGGACGGCUCGGGAGAACCUGGACGUCGCAAGGUUGGACCAGGCUCGCCAGUACAACCGUGGACGUCGGAACCUCAAUUACAGCGUCGGUGACUUCGUCCUUCGACGGACUCACCCGCUAAGUGAUGCGUCACGAGCCUUUGCAGCUUCACUCGCAGAUAGGUGGGAUGGCCCCUUCAAGAUGCAGCGUCGCUCGGUUCCCGGAACCCGCCGUCAGACCGCGAGAACCCGUGAGCCCUUCAUCCCACCGCAUCGACCAGCCUCCCACUCCCGCCCGGCACAGAACACUCUCCGUGUUACGGGCUCGGCUUCCGUCCGGCAGCACUCUGUGGCCACCUGGACCGUGGUGUCCCACGACAUGCCAGUGUCCUGGGCCUCCCGAUCACGCUGGACUGCCCAGCCGCGACCUCUCCACGGGGACGACCUCAGCCGCACUUCAGCCCCCUUCCGGGGACUAAUUCUCUCCGAGCGGCACCCGGCCGACCCCCUGCAGCCCCUGACAGCAGAGGAGAGAAGACUACUGUGUCCGGUGUGUGAAGUCCCGGAGGUACAUCGAACUACCCACCGCCGGGGACCCCUCCAUCAGGCCCGUACUGAAGCUGCCCGCACGGCCACCGACGUCAACAGUGCACUGGCCACGCUGAGGCGCCUUCGGCCUGAAUUGCUGACAGAGACCCACCCCCCUCAGGCUCCUGUGGUACCACAGGCACCACGACCGCCGCCCAACGCGGAAGACAUCCUCCUCGACCUUCCGGAAGAUUAUUGUCUGUAUAAUCUUCUGAGGGGGGGGGGGAGUGUGGGAUAUCUAAUCAGAAGAUACGGGGCACGCAGUGCCCCAGCGACAGCAAGGGGGCGUGGCAGACGAACGUCGUAUAAAAGCGGGGGUCUCGUUAAAACUGGGGUCAUUUUCGCUUGGCUUUGUCUCGACGGCUGAGAGGACAAUAAAUCUGGUAUGUUUG